UGUAAAUGUGUGUUUGUUUGGUCUAGAUGUGGCUGAUAUGCAGUGUAGAGAGAACUGGUGCAGACUGGUUGACUCUGCUGCUGUGCGCUCGGCACUGACUAUCAUAAUAAUGACUGGAGCGGGGACUCUCACAUGUGUGUAAAGCCUUCUCUGGUAAAUGAUUAGUAAGUUGCCCCUUUUGCACCGUCACUUUUCUGUUUAAACACUACAGUUUCAUCAGCCCUCCUAUGAUUUUUUGCUUUUGAGUGGCGUUAAUCUGCACAGAGCCACGAAGACACAAGACACCGGUUUGCGUUCGUAGGGAAUAUUCCAGUGCGGUCCAGCAAACUGCGUUCUGUUGUAGUUUAUGACUGAUCGGAGAGUAAAGCUGUGUCGUUUAUAUAUCGUCAGCCUAAUGCUAAAGUUACCUAGUCGGUGUCGAAACACAAUGGCUUGGACGCCGUUAAAAACGACGUCUCCCGCGCGAGCGAAGCGCAGAUUUGUCUCAAACAGUGUUCCCGUUCCUGCAACGGCAACUGGAUGAAAUGUGUUCAGUUUCUCUGGACUUAAUGAAGUGCAUGGCGGAAUUUCUCAAACGUCAAUGCCGAUGACGUUGAUAGGAGACAGAAUGUUUACCCUCACAGAAGUUGCCUCUUUAAAUGACAUCCAGCCAACUUAUCGUAUACUGAAACCAUGGUGGGACGUCUUUAUGGAUUACCUGGGUGUGGUCAUGCUUAUGCUGGCCAUAUUUGCAGGCACCAUGCAGUUAACCAAAGAUCAGGUGUUUUGCCUUCCUGUUCUAGAAUCGUGGGAAGACCCUAACUCCAUACCCACAGAAAGGCAACAAGAGAAAGCUUUUGGCUCAGGGGGGGGAGGAGGCCAUGUGACUUUGGCAAGUAAAGAACAAACCGACAGUGUUGUCCACCAGAUACACUUCCCACACCUGUCUGCUGUCAGUCAUCCUCAGCCUAUGGGUCUACGAACAAACCUGGAUUUUCAGCAGUAUGUCUUUGUUAAUCAGAUGUGCUACCAUGUUGCCCUCCCCUGGUAUUCGAAGUACUUUCCAUAUCUCGCUCUCAUUCACACCAUUGUACUUAUGGUAAGCAGUAACUUUUGGUUCAAGUAUCCAAAGACCAGUUCCAAAAUUGAACAUUUUGUGUCUAUUUUGGCUAAGUGUUUUGAGUCUCCUUGGACGACCAAGGCAUUGUCUGAGACCGCCUGUGAAGACUCCGAAGAGAAUAAGCAGCGAUUGACAGGAGCCUCUACAUUACCAAAGCAUCUUUCCACCAGCAGUGAAGAGGGAAGUCCAAAUCAGUCUACACCCAUGCUUGCAAAAUCUAGCAUUAAGUUUUCUGCAGAGAAGCCAGUCAUUGAUGUCCCAAGCAUGACAAUACUUGAUAAAAAGGAUGGCGAGCAAGCUAAAGCCCUUUUUGAGAAAGUGAGGAAAUUCCGUGCACAUGUUGAGGAUAGUGACUUGAUCUACAAAUUUUAUGUUGCUCAAUCUAUAAUAAAAACAGUCAAAUUUAUUUUGAUCCUGUGUUACACUAUGACUUUUGUCACCUCCAUUAAUUUUGACCAUGACUGUAAGCCAGAUAUUAAACAUUUAACUGGAUACACCAAAUUUAAAUGUACCCAUAACAUGGCUUUCAUGUUGAAAAAGCUUCUUGUUAGCUACAUUGUCCUCAUUUUUGUUUAUGGCUUGGUUUGCAUUUACACUCUUUUUUGGCUGUUUAGGCGGCCUCUUAAAGAGUACUCCUUUGAGAAAGUUAGAGAAGAAAGCAGUUUUAGUGAUAUUCCAGAUGUGAAGAAUGACUUUGCUUUUCUCCUUCACAUGGUGGACCAGUAUGACCAGUUGUACUCAAAACGUUUUGGUGUCUUUCUCUCAGAGGUAAGCGAGAAUAAACUGCGGGAAAUCAGCUUAAACCACGAGUGGACAUUCGAGAAACUACGGCAACAUGUGACUUGCAAUGCACAAGAGAAGCUUGAGCUGCAUCUUUUCAUGCUUUCAGGUGUGCCUGAUGCAGUCUUUGACCUCACUGAUUUAGAGGUCCUGAAACUAGAGCUCAUCCCAGAGGCUCGUAUCACAGCAAAAAUUUCCCAGAUGAUCAACCUCCAUGAGUUGCACUUUUACCACUGCCCUGCCAAAGUUGAACAGACUGCAUUCAGUUGCCUCCGCGAUCACCUCCGGUGCCUUCAUGUCAAGUUUACAGACGUAGCAGAGAUUCCCACUUGGGUUUAUAUGCUAAAGAACCUGAGAGAGCUUUACUUGGUGGGAAACUUGAACUCCGAGAAUAAUAAAAUGAUUGGAUUGGAGUCCCUCAGGGACCUGAGGCAUCUGAAGAUCCUACAUCUCAAGAGCAACCUUACCAAGAUUCCGACUAACAUUACAGACUUAUCACCCCAUCUGAUCAAACUUGUGGUACACAAUGAUGGCACAAAACUUGUGGUAUUAAAUAGCUUGAAAAAGAUGAUGAACCUUGCUGAGCUUGAGCUCCAUAAUUGUGAACUGGAGAGGAUACCGCAUGCAAUUUUUAGUUUGACCAGUCUACAGGAGUUGGACUUGAAAUCGAACCACAUUCGUACCAUUGAAGAGGUCAUCAGCUUUCAGCACCUCAAACGGCUUAACUGCCUCAAACUGUGGCACAAUAAAAUUAUCUCCAUUCCAUUGUCCAUAAGCCAUGUCAAAAACCUAGAGUUCCUCUAUCUUUCCCAUAACAAACUAGAGACCUUGCCUACAACUCUCUUUAAUAUUCUUAAACUAAGAUACCUGGAUGUCAGUCAUAACUCAAUUGUAGUGAUUCCUCCCGAUGUGGGCUUUCUCCAGAAUCUACAGCACUUUGCCAUCACAGGAAACAAAGUAGAAGUGGUUCCCAAGCAGAUGUUCAAAUGCACAAAGUUGCGUACCUUGUCUCUUGGGCACAAUUGCAUUACUUCGCUGUCAGAGAAAAUUGGCCAGCUAUUGCAGCUGACUUAUCUUGAGCUGAAGGGGAACUGCCUGGAUCGCCUGCCAGCACAGCUUGGACAAUGUCGUCUUUUGCGACGAAAUGGUCUCAUUGUAGAGGACCACCUUUUUGAUUCACUGCCCCUAGAGGUCAAAGAGAGCAUCAGUCAGGAAACCAAUGCUACAUUUGCUAAUGGAGUGUGAUUGUGGAUCAGAAAAGAAAAAAUCUCCAUUGAAUGUUCUGUUAUGGUCAAGUUUCUCAAGUAGAACUGAAUUAUGAUGAAGGGGAAAAUCAAUGUUUCCAUGCUGCUGCCUUUAAAGGUUUUGUCUAUAAAAUAAAUCUGUCCAGGACUGCAUGCAUGAAUGGAUGUUCUAGGUGUAAAGAAAGAUUGAAGAAUGAAAGCUGAGGUUAACAUUUGUUAUUACUGUCUUAACAGGCCAAAACAAAUAGCCAGUAUGCCAAUAAGAACCCAUUUGCGGACUACAACUAUGCUUAGUGCAUAAAAGAAGAAAUUUUUAUUAGUUGUCCAUGUUACAGUGUUGAUAUAAAGCAGGUGGUCCCUAAUACAACACUGAUAUUUUACUGUUAUUUUGUUUCCUGUAGCUUUCGAUAAAUUUAUGUUUUCACCAGCUAUUAUCAGCAAAGUCUGCAUCAUAAUGUACAUUUUGGUGCUGCUAACGAUUGUGUUUAUUGUUUGGGAGAACCCAGAACAACUGACAAUUUAGUUAACCACAACUCUUUUGACAAAAAUUGUAAAAGGAUUGAAAGAAGUGUCUUGGGUAGCAAAAUAAAAAGUUCAUUGAAAAGUGAUUUAGAUAAAACCUGAAUGUUAACGUUAUCAGAGUAACCAUACUGUAUAUUUAGAGGUUGAAUUAAAUGCAGAUAUAACUCUUUAGUUAAGGUCCCAUCUUUCUGUAAUGAGAUUUUCUCAACCUGUUCAGUUUCUAGUGACUAAAUAUAUUUAACUCAAUAACAAUGUUUUCAAUUUAACAUUAAUUUGUGAUUUUGUGGCAACAUUUGAUGAUGCAUGUACUAAAGGUACAAGUUUUGGCAAUAAAAUAACCUUUUCCUAUUAA